GCUUUUCAUCACACGUGCGGGGCUGACGAGAGCGCCGCCUAUGCGACGUAAUGGCAAAACUCGUUGCACAAUCGCGUGUUUAUGUGAUUUUUCCGGGGAUUUUCUCUGUUUCCCGCCCUGGAAACAUGUUUAGGAUAGUGAGACAGUGUCUGGUGGCCCCGACGAGGAAGAUUCCUCGAGUGGCAGUGGAAUCUAGUCGUGUUUUCUGUGCUUAUUGCUCGAAACAGAGCUUUCGGGCUUCUGCCGGCGCCGCCGGCACUCCUUUCCUCACAGCCAGGAAGUUCUCCUCAGACUUCUCGGAUGAGGAGGACGCUCCGGCUGAUGGGGAGACGGAAAUAGGACCAAAUGAGGUGGAAACGAAGAUCAGAGACAUUCUGUACAACGAUCCAUCGAAGUUUGACGACUCGAUGAGGAGACUGAAGGAGUGCUCUGCUGAUGAAGACAUUUACGCUGAGCUGCGGAGUUUACAGAGCAAUCCUCAAAGUUUGAGGUUAGAGCAUCUAAUUCAAUCCAUUCUGUCCUUAUGGGAUAUCCUGAAGGAUUCCACGCUCAGUGGAACUGACAAGUCUCCAGGCAGAACUGAGGAUGUGCCUGAAAUGCAGUUCCUUCUUCAGACACUCGAGCAGCUUGUGGAUGAUCUCUCUCCCGAGGAAAUCUCCUGUUGUCUUCUCUACCUCAACAAAUUGGGCCUCGAGGGUCAACCGGCGCUGAUAGAGAAGCUGCUGGACAACUUCCUGCACCACUUAACCACCCACGAGCAGGACUUCCCUCUCACCGCCCUCUCGCGCUUCACGGUGUACGUGAACGCACGACGGAACCUCAGUAUUUUCUCCAUUUACAGCACCGUGAUGCCCACCGUGAUUCACUUGCUGCAGAACUGCGCCAGCAGCGAAGACAUCCGCCUCCUGACCAUCUGCAUGUGCAACCUGUUUCACAUUGUCACGCCGCAUCAGAUGGACAUUUACAGGGAAAAGGUGGAGGAGCUGUAUGAGCGCGGCAUCCUCAGCAGUUCCACCAUCCGAAGUGUUCUGCGCGUGGUGAAUUUCCUCAACUUCAUCGCCUGGUCGCACAACAACACUCUCCUCAUCCGCAAGCUGCUGCUCCUGCUGCAGGACAACAUCACGCGGAUGGACUCUCGGGAGCUGGUGAGCCUGUGUCGUGUGUUCUACAGUAAACUCGAGCCGGCGAACUUCCUGCCCGACAUUAUCAGUCAAUCUGAGCGCCUGAUGGAGCAAACUCCCUCUGUUGAUCUGCUGGAGUGCUUUGUCCUGGACAUCGUGCCGGAGACGCGCAAUCGUGUCGCCCAGGAGGCGGAGAAGUUCAUGCAGCAGGGCGAAUGUCUCACGCCGAGCGCAUUUUCGGGCCUCUUCAAGGUGCUGCGCUUCCUCAAGAUGUCCAACACGCGCCUCUUCAACGCCUACUGGUCGCAAGUGCUGAGGCAGAUCUCUGUGGACGAGCUGGAGCAGGAGAACUAUCGUCUGGCGCGGCACUGUCAUCGCUAUAUGCACUUCAACAACAACCUCGGCGGCACUUACAGAUUCCUCAGCUUCGAGCGGUGCCUCGUGAGGCUGAUCAUGAAGGAACUGGAGACGGGAGUGACUCGCUUCAUGCCGUCCAAGUUCGCCAAAAUAGCGCCCUUUGUCAUGGCCUAUGGACACACGGAGAGGAACCGGGAGCGACUGCCGGACUUCCUGGUGGAGCGCAUCGAAGCGAUGAAGGAUCAGUUCUCGAGCAACGACUGCCUCAGCCUCAGCCGAGGCAUCCAGAUUGCGCUGGAGUUGCGCUACAAGGGCAACAUUUCCCACGAGCUGGGCAGACAAUUGGCGCGCAUUGAGACGGUGUUCAAUGUGUGCGCAGAGAAGUUCCUGGCGCAGGACAUCAGCUUGGUGGAUCUGAGCUCGCUGAUUCGCAGCUUCAAUGCCAGGCAGGCGUCCAGAACCACUGACAUCUUCGACAGACUCCUGCGGCGAUACGAGGACGACACAUCGCAGCUGAACUCGCGCCUCAUUCGCGACAUCACCUUCAAUCUCAACGUCUCGCGCUUCCAUCUGCCCAGGAUUUGCGAUCGCAUGCUGCGGUAUCUCGUGGAGAAUGAGAGAUUCGUGAUGGGCGACACGGCGGAGAAGGUCAUCUUUUGCUGCUACAACCUCAGCCACGCGAUUGACGACGAGGCGACGCUGCUCACGAUCGCCAGGAUCAUCCGCAGGGACUUCAACUUCAUGAGCGGCCUGUCCAUCGUGCAGGCCUGUCUCUCGCUGUGCUUCUACAAAGCCCUGCCCGGCGACCUGGUGGAUCGCGUCUUCUGCACGGACUUCAUCCGGCGCAUCGAGCACGAGAUCCGCCUGUGCUACUCCCGCGCCACCUAUCCGCAGCGCGUCUUCCACCAGGUCAUGCAGCUCAACCGGGCCGUCUGCCUGGACUAUCCGGAGCACAAUGUGCCGUGGUUCCAGCAGAACUUCAUCGAGUCCCGCGUGGCGGCCAGCAAUGUGGCGCACAGCAAGUUCCACGCGGACGUGCACGAGAUCCUGCACUCGCUCUCCACGUCCAAGGACGUCAUCCGCGUGAAUCACAUCACGCCGUACGGCUACAGAGUGGACUUUGUGAUGCACUUCGACCACUUGAGGCGCCUCAUCCCGCCGCCCAAGGGCGAUGCGCCCGCGGAAAACGUUUCAAAAGUGGCGCUUUUGCUGCACAAAAGGGACGUUUACUGCGAGAAUUCCAACACUCUGCGCGGUCCGGAACAGAUGCGCCAUCGACACCUGGAGAUCCUGGGCUACUGCGUGCUGCAUCUGGCGCAGAGCGACUGGAACUCAAUGUACCUGAGUGUGCCCGGGGCGAAGAAUCGCUUCCUGCGCAACAUGCUGAGAAUCACUUGAGUGAUCCAAAUCU